GUUAACAGCACUGAUUCUUACCAAUGUGUUGGAGUUAUCGUUAACAGCACUGAUUCUUACCAAUGUGUUGGAGUUAUUGUUAACAGCACUGAUUCUUACCAAUGUGUUGGAGUUAUCGUUAACAGCACUGAUUCUUACCAAUGUUUUGGAGUUAUUGUUAACAGCACUGAUUUGGAGUUAUCGUUAACAGCACUGAUUCUUACCAAUGUGUUGGAGUUAUCGUUAACAGCACUGAUUCUUACCAAUGUGUUGGAGUUAUUGUUAACAGCACUGAUUUGGAGUUAUCGUUAA